GGGCAGCCUCCCCGACCGACCCCACCUCGAGCUCGAUCGAGCUCGAGUCUCGAGAAGGGAAAAAAGAGAGGACGAAGCGCCCAACACAUCAUCACCAAACUCAAUCGUCGCACCACGCGCCGAGUCCAAUUCCCCCCAAAUCCAAACGAAGCUCUGCGCCGCGCUGCCCUGCCCUGCGCUUUGAUUGCCCCAAAGCCAAACCCUCGCUUCCCGCCGCCGCCGUCCCGGUCAUGGAAGAAAACCACGACCAGGACACCGACCCCCCGCCGGCCGCCGGGGGGUGGUGCCGGUGCUGCUCCGCGCCGUCUGGGGCGGCGGUGUGGCGGCGGUCCGUGAAGCGGAAGCUGGACGCGGAGAAGGGGGUAGAGGGAGAGGAGGGGGCAGCGGGGGGUCUGGCGCGGGUGGAGGCGGAGGAGGAGUGCGCGGCGCUGCGCGAGGCGGUGGCGGCGGCACAGGACGUGGCGGCGUUGCUGCGGGCUGACGUGGAAGAGGAGCGCCUCGCCGCGGCCAGCGCCGCCAGCGAGGCCAUGGCCAUGAUGCUCCGCCUGCAGCGCGAGAAGGCCGAGGUCCAGAUGGAGCUCCGCCAGUUCCGCCGCUUCGCCGACGAGAAGAUGGCGCUCGAUGCCGGCGAGAUCGAGCACCUCCGCGCGCUCCUCGCCGGGCGCGCGCGGUGCCUCGUGCGGCUCCGCGCCAGGCUCCGCGAGUACCGGCUCCAGUGCCUCCACCUCGGCAUCCCGCUCCCCGAGGGCGAAGACCUCGUCGCUCAAAACGGCGAGGAGGAAGAGGACUUAUUCCUGCUCGAGGGCGAGGACGGCAACGAGGGCUACUACCCCGAGCUCCGCUGCCACGAUGGGGAGUACUACUACGAGGAUGUGCAGGAGGAGGAUGCAGUGGUCGUCGAUCUGGAGCGCCGGAUCUGCCACCUCGAACACGAUCAGGAAACGCACCUGCUUGAGCAGCCUCUGGAAGAGGAGGAUGUCGCCCACCUUUACACAGAUGAGGUGUUGCCAGAGUCAUCCGGGCCGGGACGGGGCGGCCAUUAUGCCAACGGGAUGUUACCCAAGGUGGCUAUGGAAGAAAGGAGCAACCUCUAUGAUGAUGAUGAGGAGCUGCCAGAGUCUCCGGCUGCUGGAUGUGUUGGUGAGGAGGAAGCAAGUGAGACUGAUGGUGUUGGCAGUGCAAGUGGCAGCGGGAGCGAUAGGGUAUACAUGAUUGACAAGGUGCAUCAAGGUGUGUCUGCACCUAUAGCCAGGGUCCCAGAGAAGUACCAGGAUGAGGCGGUGGAGCCAGACAUUAAGAAGCUUUACAUGAGGCUGGAGGCACUGGAGGCUGACCGGGAGUCGAUGCGGCAGGCCCUUGUGGCAAUGCGCACUGAGAAGGUGCAGCUUGGGCUUCUUCGCGAGAUUGCACAACAGCUUGCCAAGGAUGCGGCUCCAUCUGGGGUGGUGCCAGGACUACACCAUUCACCUGGAAAACACAUUGUGGGGGUUGUAGAAAGGAGGUUCACCGAGGACAAGAAGGUGGCACUCAUCAAGACAUUCUCCAUGGUUGCAUUGUUCAAGUGGUUCCUGACUUUAUUUGGCAAGAAAAAGAAGCCAUUGCAAAGCAGGUAUACAUUUGGCUUAUCAAGUAACAAUGUUGGUUUGCUCUUACUCUUGGAUAAGUGCCCACGAAUUCAGAAAACUCUCAGAAGAACAACGUAAAACCUGCUGGAAGAAGCAGCUGCUGUUCGAUGUAAAUAAAUAGCUGCCAGUUGGGAAGUUGGCAUCGCGUCACAUUCUUUAGUGAAGGUUGGGUGGAUCCGAUGUUGCUUUGAUUCUUUAGUGGUUGAUUUUGCUUUUUUCCCCACAGGUGAUGAGGAUGGUUAUCCGUUGAUCUUGCAAUUGUUCAUGUCAUGGAAACGUUUUUGCUUAUUUCUCACCAGCAAAAGCUAUAUGCAUGUAUAGUGGGCUUGUAAUACACGAUGGUGGUUGGUUAUUUCACUUGCUUGCAGAUUGAUGAGUGAAUAUUGACCGUUUAGCUUAUGAACUUUUACUCGAAA